UCUCACUAUUUGGCACAUAUAUAAAUUAACAACUACUGACGCAUCACACAUUUAAAACCGCUAGAGUCCGUUACAAAAUGGCUUAUUUGCCAGAACUGGCUACUAGUUCACACUUGCAUCUGAUGAACUAGCUCACCGUCAGCUGUUGAUGAGCCUAAACAACCUAAACGAAGAAAACCGACACAUCGCUUCAAAUUGUUUGUAGCGUGUAAUCUGUAAAUUUUCCUGUUUUAUCUGUUUGCCACGCUGACGAAAAUUGUGUGAUAUAAAUGAAAAGCCCGGCGUUCGCGUACAGGGAACUGGAAACUGAAAGCUCGCCUCGCGCAAUGUAUAUGCGCGACUGGCGGUCAGCCCUGCGAAAUCCAACGUAUCGUAUUGGCAACCGCACAGUUCGCUUCAACUAUCAUUUUGCAUUGCUGGUGUUUUGUGCGUUGGCACUCAUUUUGCUGUUUCUGUAUGCGCGCCAAGGAUCCAGAUCCUCAUCCGAUGGCUACUGGCUGCGCAGUAAAAAUUACGCAGACCUCAAGAGUUUGGAAAACAGUGCAGCGAUAGCAGCUUACAAUGCAACGUAUCCACUGACGCCACCGCUAGUGGUACGUGGUGGUGUUAUCAGUUAUCGUAUUGGCAUCAUAGCUGAUUUAGAUACAAACUCCAAGGUUGUCAAGGCCGAUGGUAGUGUGACGUGGCGCAGUUAUCUAAAGAAAGGUUAUCUAACUUAUACAACUUCUAAGAAUGAGAUACAAAUAAGCUGGGACGAUGGCGCGCCUAAGAUAUUGGAGUCAGGCUUUGCGCUUAAGGGACGUGGUAUGGAGCUCUCCGAACUAAUAACAUUCGAUGGCAAACUGUUGAGCUUUGAUGAUCGCACGGGGCUCAUUUAUGAAAUAAGCAAUGACAAGGCCAUACCCUGGCUGAUAUUACUAGACGGCGAUGGACACAAUGCCAAGGGCUUCAAAUCCGAGUGGGCAGCGGUCAAGCAACAGACGCUGUACGUUGGUUCCAUGGGCAAAGAGUGGACAACAGGCAGCGGCGAGUUUGAGAACAAUAAUCCCAUGUACGUAAAAGCCAUCAAGCCAACUGGUGAGGUGCGUUCGCUAAACUGGGUGGACAACUUCAAGCAGCUGCGACUGCAGUCAAAACAGAUCGCGUGGCCUGGCUACAUGAUACACGAGAGUGGCGUUUGGUCGCAACUGCAUCAGCGCUGGUUCUUCCUGCCACGUCGCUGUUCCAAAGAAAAAUACAACGAAACGCGUGAUGAGCUCAUGGGCUGCAAUGUGCUGCUCUCCGCUGAUGACAACUUCAACAGCAUUAACACAGUACAAUUGGAUGCAGCGAACACUGCACCCUCGCAUGGUUUCUCUAGCUUUAAGUUUCUGCCCAACACGGAGGAUAAAAUAAUUGUUGCACUCAAGUCGGAGGAGCUCAACGGCAAGACUUCGACGUUUCUCACCGCCUUCAAUAUCGAGGGCAAAACUCUGCUGCCAGAGCUGCGAAUUGAAACUGAGUACAAGUACGAGGGCUUUGAGUUCAUCUAGCGUACCGAACGAUGCUCAACUUGUAUAUAUAGUUUAUAUAUUUAGCAUUAAGCUAAUUGUCAAUUAGGUUAUUUAGGUAAUGCUCAAAUACCAAAUGCCAUUUAUGCUUCUUGAUUUUGUGACAAAGUAAUUUUCGAAUCCUGCAAUAUUCUUGUAUUAUAUACGUAGCAAAUGCCAAU